AUGAAGACCGCCUUCCUUAUCGCCAGCUGCACUGCUGCCCUCGCCCACCGCGCUCUGAGCAGCCCUCUCGACCCCUCUCUCCUCGUCACGCGCGAGAAAGAAGACUCCUCCUGCGGCUCCAAUUUGCAAGUCUGCAACCCUUCCGGCGCCUCGACCGACAAGCUCCCCCCUCUCGGUCCCGAGCUGUCCGGUCUCUACCUCUCCCUCCUCGAUUCCGUCCAAGGCAUCAACUUCAAGCGUGACAACAACAACAACAACAGCAUCCACCCCCGCGACACCCCCUCCUUCUGCUGCGCGACCGGCACCUCCUGCGUCCUCCUCUCCUCCUACAACAUCCCCUUCUGCUACGACAAGUUCACGACCAACUACGUCUUCCCGGACGGCAGCUCCGGCACCAUCGCCACCGGCGCCUUCUCCUCCUCCUCCGCCUCGGGCGGCGGCGGCGGCGGCACCGCCAACCUCAUCUCGGGCGCCUACGCCGGCGGCAACAAGAACCUCUACGACCCCUCGGACCCGGACGCCGCCGCCGACAGGCCCGACACGGCCACGCUCAGCAUCCCCCCGCAGUACACGGCCGCCGGCGUCGGCUCCGCCAUCCCCCUCACCGCGCUCGGCGCCACCGGCAGCGCCGUCGUCGUGACCGCCGUCGAGACGACCGUCGUCUCCACCGUGCCCGCCAGCGUCGUCGUCGUGCCUGCGUCCACUCGGCCUGCCAGCACCGUCGUCACCGGGACGACGGUCGAUGGCGUGACGACGCGCGCGGAUAGCGUCGUGCCCCCGACGACGGUCCCGGCGAGCACGAGCACCGUCGCUGCGGCGCACGAGACGGUCGUGACGGUGUCGUCGGAGUCGACGGCGACGGCGACGGCGACGACGGAGGGGUCUGGUGACGCGUCGGCGUCGGCGGCGGCGUCGGCGUCGGCAACGGGUGGCGCUGGGGCGGCGGCCGAGGUUGGGGGUCGUGGGGGAGUGUUGGGUGCUGCUGCUGCGGCGGUGGCGGCGGCGCUGUUGGUGCUGAGGGGUUUGUGA